CAUAUCCAAAAGCUACCCUUCCCUCUUUUAGGUUUUCUCUCCCUCGUGCAUUUGAGUUUUUCAACAAAGCAGUUAGCCCACCACCAAAACAGCUAGCAGACAAGGACCAAUCCCAGUUUCCCUUUUCUUUGUGACUCUUUCUGUCUUUUGGUUUUAAUUUCCUUAAAAACACAUCGGUUCCUAGCUAGCAGCUCCUUGUCAACAUUUCUUUGUACUACAGUGUUGAUGAGUUGAUGUCUUUGGCCAUUGGAGCUCUUCCAAGUUCCAGUAACAUGGGUUUUGAUGACAACAAGGAGUCAGCAGCUGAAGACAAGAGUGGGAGUACUCCUGAAAAGAAUGCAACCCUUCCUCAAGAGAUUGAUGAUGAAGGAGGAGACGGGAUGGGCAGCAGACAGAUGAGUGAAUCCUCUUUCUAUGCAACCGAGGAUGAUGAUAACGAUGAUGAGCAUCGCAACAUUAUUCAAUUGGGUCCACAGUACACUCUCAAAGAACAGCUUGAAAAAGAUAAGGAUGAUGAGAGCUUAAGGAAAUGGAAACAGCAGCUUCUUGGAAGUGUGGAUAUUAACAACAUUGGAGAAACACUUGAACCAGAAGUAAAGUUCCUUAGCGUGGCAAUCGUCUCUCCUGAUAGGGCUGACAUAGUUCUUUCAAUUCCUGAAGAUGGAAAGCCCCAGGGAUUAUGGUUUACACUCAAAGAAGGUAGUCUCUAUCGCUUGAAGUUCUCAUUCCAAGUUGGCAACAACAUUGUAUCUGGUCUCAGGUAUACCAACACUGUUUGGAAAACAGGUGUCAAGGUUUUCAGCACAAAAGAAAUGAUUGGAACCUUUAGUCCUCAGCUAGAGCCUUAUACACAUGAAAUGCCAGAAGAGACAGCCCCUUCGGGUUUUAUGGCUAGAGGAUCAUAUACUGCAAAAUCAAAGUUCCUUGAUGAUGAUAACAAGUGCCACUUGGAGAUCAACUAUACAUUUGACAUCCGAAAAGAGUGGGCUGCUCUUGAAUAG